AUUGUUUGGAACUUCCCACUCUCAACCUGGCAUGACCCUGCAGAUCCCCAUCCCACGUCCCACCUACUCCCCAGCUCGAGAGAACCUCAUCAAGGCAGUGCCGCCCCAUCUGAUCUGCUCUCUGGUGUGUGGAGGGAAGGAGUGCCGCUACGAGGGACCUGGUGAUUGGACCUUGCAGCAACAAGCAAUCCGGGGCGUGUUCUCAGCAUGGGUUACCGAUAACAUCCUGGCCAUGGCGAGGCCAUCCACGCAUCUCAUUAAGAAGUUCAGCAUCAUCAAACAGUUCAAAGGGUUAAAUAUCAAGUCUGUGAUAAAUCUGCAGGUACCUGGUGAGCAUGGUCAUUGUGGAGACCCCCUGGAGUUAAAGAGUGGGUUUUCAUAUUUACCUGAAAUCUUCAUGGAGAAUGAUAUUUAUUUUUUUAACUUCGGAAUGACAGAUUUCGGAGUCUCUUCGCUGGUGCGUGUGCUGGAUGCGGUGAAGGUGACAUCCUUUGCUGUGCAGGAGGGCAAGGUGGCUGUGCAUUGCCAUGCAGGACUCGGGAGGACAGGGGUCCUGAUUGCCUGCUACCUGGUUUAUGCCACACGGGUCAGCCCCUGUGAAGCUGUGCAGUUUGUCCGGAUCAAGCGUCCCUUCUCCAUCCAGACCCGCACUCAGAUUGACCUGGUCUUUGACUUUGCCCAGUUUGUGGACUCUCAAAGAACAGUGUUCACAAACGCGAGCUCGCACACCCACCCGGUCACUCUGCAGCAGCACCUUUAUCGCCAGCAGCACCUCCUGCAUGGCUAUGAGGCCCGGCAGCUCAAACACGUGCCCAAAAUGGUGGACUAUGCCUGCAAGAGGCUUCUGCAGAUAGCAUUCAAUAGACAGGAUGGUGCAGCGGUGCAGGUGGAGAAAGAAAAGGAGAGGAGUGACCGCAUCGUGACUCUACGCAUCAGAGAAACCAUCGCUUCCUUCAUUUCCUUGCCGGAGUCUCGCCAGACAAACCAGGAGCCCGUGGACCCCGACAAUGUGCUGAGACCACCCGUGGACGCAGCAGGUUUACUUAAACUGGCCAGUUCCUCAGGUGGAUGCACAGAGAUUCAAUCUGGCAAAUCGGCCAGAAUAUCACGAUCCCUCAGUGACUCCAAUCUCCACAGUUCCACGUGCAAAUAUAAUGCACAGGUAAUCUGAAACAUGUCAGGGGUUGGUCAGCAAUGGGAGCCAGGAUCUGUUCUGAGCAGCAAAGAAGGUAUCAGGGACUUGGUUAGAGUGUUAGUUACAUGUUGGGACCUGAUCCAUGGGUUCGGGCAGCAUCUAUAGUACAGCAGGUGUGCGCUAAAAUUUGAUAGAGGGGUAAAGGUAAUUCAUACUCAGAACACAUAUGGGCCAGGAUCUGACUGAGGAGAAGCACUGAAUAUAGUCCAAGACAAGUCAGGGCAUCAUAGGAGAUUAAUUGAGUGAGUGUUGGAAAGAAAAUGUGGGUGCAUAUGGGCUUUGGAAGAAAAUGUCAUGCUUGGGUCGAGUCUGUGAUCAGGUUAAGUAUACGAAGUCUCUGCAAAGAGAUCAAUGGGAGGGCAGAGUCCCUUUCGGGAUAGAGUAUGCAGGAACUGCAGAAGUCUUGCUUAAAAGCAAUAACAGAAAAUAGCUAAAAUACUCAACAGAUGGGGCAAUGCCCGUGGACAGUGGAACAGAGUUAACAUUUCAGGUCUAUGAUUUUUCAAGAGACCUUUCUAUUUCUCUCACAGCAGAUGCUGCCUCACCUGCUUGAGUAUUGUCAGUAUUUUCUGCUUUUAUUUCACAUUUUCAGCACUUUUUGUAUUUUGCUUUUCAAUAACAGCUGAUCUCUUGACGCUGGUCUCGUGAGUCUAUCCCCAGAACUGUAAUUCUCCUCUGCACCCUCUCUAGAGCCAGUACAUUUCCCCUCCAGUGUGGUGACCAGCACUUUACAGGGAUUUUGGUCAAUGUUAGCAGUGGUCAGUUCCAAUAGCUGGAAGUGUAGUGAUUCAGUUUGACACUGGUGCAGAGAGGGGGGAUGAAGGGUGCAGAUAGUUUAAAGCUCCCAGCUCCACCCACUCAAUCACACUGAAUGACUAAAAUGGUAUAAAUUCUACUUUAAGGAUAUCAUCGGUCAACGGCCUAUGUCAGUGGGUCAGAAUCAAACUGAAACUUUGGAACAUGUCUUCAGUGGGUCAAACAAUCCAUUGAAAUACUCCAUCAGCUGUGAAGGGAAGAGCAACUUUGCAGGGGACAGGAGAUGGACACAAACUGACCAAGCAGCACCACUCAUCCUCCCUAGGCAAGCAAAUUCCCCGCUGAGCACUGGCAGCCUCGUGCCCACGACUGAGAAGAAGGUAUGGACGGCUAUCAAAGUGUCGUGAUCAGGGUCAGUCCCAUGCUGCAUAACACACGCGGCCUGCUCUUCCCCGAAAUCCUCUACCCACUUCAACUGUCUUCUUGAAAGAUUAAACGCUUGCCAGUUAUUUCAACACCUUCUUCACUGAAGCUCUAGCUGAGCUUAGUUACUCAGUCAGGGUGACCUCGAUCACGAGUUGCUGAGCCACCUCAGCUGGAUGUGAAAGAUCCCACAGAAUUAUUUCAAAGAAUUUAGUCCCAGUGUCCUCUUCAACAUUCUUGCCCCAACUAAUAUAAUUAAAAAUAAAUUAUCCAUUCUUUUGUCACGUUGCUAUUUGUGGGGGGUUGCUGUUAUGGAAGUAUGUCGCUGGCUGAAAUGCAUACAGGGAUAACCAGAGGUUGUGAAGCACACAGAAUGAUUGCAAAGUGUAACCAUGGUCACUCCCAAUCCUGUCUUUGCCUGAUGGUCACACAAAGUGUGUUCUUUGUAGCAGAGGUCAGUGGAUAACGUCUCCCCUCCCCACCAGGAAUUCCAUUUCCCUUUGUACCUCCCUUACUGUUAGCCAUCCACAUUCAGCUAACACAGCACAGGCAACAGGUCAACCCAUUCUCUAGAUAGACAGUAGAAGAAUGUGUUAAAUCUACUAUGGUU